AUGGAUCCAGAAAUUCCGGACGCCGAGUCUAUAAGUGCCAAAUUCGUGGAUGUUCGCGGUAUUAGAAGAGACAUGGAGAAAGUUGCAAAUUUCCGCAGCAACAAAGCUAACGGAGCGGCUCUCGACAAAAAUACACACCUUGAAAUUCAUCUCAAUGCUGGAGAAAGGUCGACACAAUCGCUCCUGCCAGAAGUGGAUCGGAUGUCCCGCUCUCGACAAAUUUCAAACGCAGAAGCGGAAAAAAGAGCUUACUUUGAUCAACUUUCGGCCCCUACUGACGAGGAGAUUCGACUUUUAGGAGGCUCAGGGGAUCCAUUCCCUGCCGGCCCAGCAGUGAAUCGGAAGGCAGCGCCCAACCUAAACCCAACAGGUGGAACUCAGCGAGUUUUAGCAGUGGAGAUACACAGAGGGAGCAACGUAAAAUCUAUAUCAAACACGAAUGAGCGGGAUGAAACCCUUCCUACACCCCCUUCAGCCAAACGACGGAAGUUGGAUCGCCAGGCUAGCCCGGCAAGCUCAGGCCAGACAGACCCUUUGGAUCAAUUGUCACCCCAUGCAAUAUCCUUCCACGCUAGCCAAGGCACCAGCCAAGUCCCCAGUCUAGCUCCGUCUGCUUCUGCAAAUAGCCAGGUAUCGGGCCUCCCACUGAAGAGAAAUGGUUCCUCCGAAUACAGAAAUUUGGAGAAAAUGAUGGAUAGUAGACCGAAAAGCAAGAGGCAGCGUCGUAGUGAGAAUGGAAAGCACCAACCUGACCAUGACCUGCUUCCAUCAUCACCAAAACGUUCACCAAUGUCCAAUCCGAUAGACAUAUCAGGAGACGAGUCUCAAAUCACCAACACCAAUUCAAAAUUUGCCCCCCGUCCUACGUAUCGGGGUACGGCUAGGCAGCCACCUCCUACAAUUAAAGGUACCAGUUCAAACACUUCAAGGUCACUCAAAGAGCAAGGCAACCCGACACAAUCCCCUUUUUUCAACAAGCCUGGGCUUCCUGCACCUCGAUCGGACGGUAACGUCAAGCAGAAGCUUGUUACCCAGAAUUUAACUAGAGAAAAGUCUCCAGGCCUUGCACAGAUUUUCAUUGCUACCGAUGGCACGCGUCGUGGCUCAGAUGCCAAUGCCAGCUCCGACGCGGAUGAACUUCAGUCGGCACCAACCACUGUUGGGCAAAACGCAGAUCCGGAUGCGGUGUUUAUCGCCAAAGACAUGCGUUCGACAAGUCCUUCGAAGCAUUCGUCAUCAACCCUCAGAGCUACAACCCCCAUGGACGAUCUUGCAGUCUGGGCACCGAGCACAGUGAAGUCGGAUUUCGCCCGCUUCAAUGCCAAGAGCCGAGAUCGUGGACGUCCUUCCCGUCCAGGACCUCUUGGCCAAGAGGCAAGGCCGCCCUGGUCCGUUGCUCUUGCUGCAAUCAGCCUUCCGGGAGCUCUUUACAAAAAUGAAGACCUUGGCCUUGUGCACGACCAGAAACAGGAAGAGUACUAUAUCCAGCAGUGUGGCGAGCGUAUCCGUACCACCCACAGUAGUCUUCGAAUUCAGCCUAAGAAGUUGAACAGAGUCGUGUGGGAGAAUCCGGGAGUCAGGGUACGCCUAGAAUCGUCGAGAAGCGGGACGGAAGAUAACGUCUUGGAUCUCGAACUCGCGUCUGAACGCGAUGUCCCAAUUCUACUUCAGCGACUACAGAAUCCGAGGGCCCUCGGCGUGGUUGGCAGGUCUAGUGAAUACAUGCAGAAGAUUUUCGAGAAGAGACGAUCAGAGCUGCGCACCCUACAUGGUGCGACAAAAAGCUAUAGGCCGGAAGAAGUAGAGAUAAUUACCUAUAGCAGACAGCGUAACGAUUCCAGCAAGUACCUAGCCCCUUUGGACACUGACAAGGCUAGCCGCCAGCAGUCAAAGUCUUCGAUAGUCGAUGAGCUGGUACACAAUGCCACCCAUGACACUGACAUUGCCGCUGAACGGCCCGAACCGCGUGUGCUAGCAAUGCCUGACGGGCUUCCAGAGGAAAGUGGUAUCAAAAGAAUCUUUGCAAAAGUCAAGCCAGCCCAUAAUGAGCAUCUGAAUCCGCGGCGGUCGACCAGAAACUCAGGUGUCCAUGACGGCGAGAGUCUCCUCUCAAAUUUGGAUGGGAUACCCGAGAAAGAAAAGUACUCCGUGAAACACGGUCUAGGUGACCCCUGGAAAAGGCCUCUGACGUACCCCAAGGUUGGCAAGAAGAAAACUACUGUGGAGUGGUCUGAUCUUGAACGUCUAGACGAAGGUGAAUUCCUCAAUGACAACCUCAUAAGCUUCUACCUACGCUACCUAGAACAAAGACUUGAGGAAGAGAGACCAGAACUUGCCAAGAGAGUUUACUUCUUCAACACAUUUUUCUUUGCAACUUUGACAAACACUCACAAAGGCAGAAAGCGUUUCAAUUACGAGGGUGUGCAGAAGUGGACUAGGUCUGUGGAUCUUUUCACCUACGACUACAUCAUAGUACCUAUUAACGAACAGGCCCAUUGGUACCUUGCUAUAAUUUGCAAUCUGCCUGCUCUGGAUCGCGACUUGGCAAUGCCUGAGGAUGAGGCUACUUUGCCAAUCGAAGAUGGUCGUGCCGUGUCAAAGCAAGGACCAAAAACGGAAGAGCGUGCAUCAAGCCCUACAGAUCAGCCGGGUGGUGACGAGUCCGAAAACUUAUUUCCAAGUGCGAAGGAGCCAAACGAAAGGGAUACAAGGAAUUCGUUCUCACAAAUGAGUUUGGACAAUGAUGCAGGAUUGGCUGCAGGCGACGAACUAGGUCUCUACGACACCGACGGCCCAAAAAAGGCACGUCCGGCCUCCGAAGAUAAGGAAAUGCUUGAUUCCCAGAUCGAAGAUACUAUGCCUGGAUUUGCCGCUUCUACGGAAGCUGAGAAUCAUCCAGCACCCUCCGAGGGACAAGGCGAUGAGGUAAAAGAUCUUAUCGAGUACCAACACGAAGAACCCAAAGCUGCAGCGAAGUCCAGAAAGAGCAAACGGAAGGCGCUGCCAGCCCCGAUUACCAAGGUUGAUCCAAAUAAACCAGCCAUAAUAACGUUCGACUCACUCGGACAAGCCCGCGGCCCAACUAUUAGGAUACUCAAAGACUAUUUGCGUGAGGAGGCCAAAGCAAAGCGCGGCAUGGAGUUUGAGGAGUCACAGAUGAAGGGUGUCAAUGCGAAGCGGAUUCCUCAACAGGACAAUUUUUCGGACUGUGGCGUGUUCCUACUCGGCUAUGUGGACACAUUCCUCAGUCUCGAGACAGAUCCUAAGGAUUUCAUCACGAAGACUAUCCAACAAACACAUGAGGAAAAAGAUUGGACAAAGCUUGUGCCCGGUGACCUACGAGCAAGCGUUCGCAAUCAAGUCCGAGAGCUGCAUGAGAUCCAAACGAACGAGCGGAGGGAGGAAAGCGCUAAAAAGUCAGGGAAGGUCGCUGGAAUGGAGGAUAAGAAGCUAGUAUCGAGCCCAUCGCGUGCUCCAGAUCAAGCGAAGAUUGCCCAAAAAGGAUUUGGUAAAGCCAACGGUGCGGAAAUGGUCCCAACCACGACGAGCAAGGUACCUGAACCUUCCUUGUUGGGCAUCUCAGGAACAGAAAGUGGAGCAUUCGAGACUACUCGCCGCUGUGAGAAGGAGAAUCUUGACAAGAAAGAUGAUGUGCUCGAGGAACUCUUACAGACCAACGAGCGAGAAAUGCAGAAAAGCGCAGAAUAUCAGCGUCUGUACAACUCAGACCAUGACGAAACGGAUAUACACGAUGGUGGGGUUGACGAAGAGGCUCCAGCAGUUCAAUGGGAUGACCCGUCUGUCAUCGUGGUCGACAGCCAGAGCCAGCGAAGGGUGUCAGCUCCUACAAGCAUUACCUAUCCUUCGUUCUCCUCGGCGAAACAGAGCUACCCUGAAUCGAAUUACUCCAGGAUAGUCAAUCCCGUUCCACUUUCGUUCGAGAAAGAAAAGUCUCCUAAGUUACCGAGCGAGAUCCCAGACUCACAAAAAUCCAAUACAUCGCAUAAAAAUGCGAAAAUAACGAAUACACCAGCUACGAUCGUUCCGGCUACCAAUGCGGACCCAGCACCAGUCUCAGCAAAUUUCACUAUCAUCUCUGACAGUACACAUGGGCUGUCUGACCUGCAGGGUGAGCGUAAUGAGCGCUCCAAGCGUAGAAAAAAUGGCAAAGAAGAUCGAAGAGAAGUUGAGGAAGCACCGGAGAAGGAGGACAUGGUUUUCACGAUUGAGAAGCCAUCAGAACGGCGCGAAGAGCGCAAGGAGCCGCCGAAGCGGAGGAAAAAGUCUGCUAAGGCGGCUUCAAGCGACUUUGAAGAAGUCCAGAUUCAUGUAAUCGAUGACUGA